AAAAUAUUUGGAGCCUCGUAAAUCCCACCAAAUCUUUCCCACUGUUUGCCAGAUUGCAGGAGAAUUCGACUACAAACAGAGUCAUCAAUAGCGGUUUCUUGAGAGAAGACACAGCAUAGAAGAGAGCACAGAACAAAGGCCAUAUUGCCGAAGACAUACACAAACACACGGAACGACAGCAAACACCAAAAUCAAAGGGAUAUGGUAGCUGGAGAAGGCGAUAGCGCAACUGUAGGGGGUGGUAGUGCAGGUGGCAGCGAAAACAACAACAACAACACAGGAGGCCAGAGAUCAGGCAAUAGAGGCCGCGGUGGUGGCCGCGGCCGUGGAUCUCGUGGCGGCGACGGCCAGCGCGGAGGAGGCGGCCAACGACGCGGACGAGGAGGCCAACGAGGAGGAGACGGUGGACGACCGGCCAACCCAGCUGCGCAAGAUAUCAAAGAUGCAGCUGAAGCUGCCGGAGCCACCGUCACGUCGACCGUGGCCAAGAUGACACAGGCGGCCCCGGGCGGCGAGGUUUCGGAUGCCGAUGUCUGCUUCAUCUGCGCCAAUCCCGUGGCUCACCACUCCAUUGCGCCCUGCAACCACACGACCUGUCACAUCUGUGGCCUGCGCAUGCGAGCUCUCUACAAGACAAAGGACUGUGCACACUGCCGAACACCAGCGCCGUAUGUCAUCUUCACAGACGAUGCCGAGAAGCGCUUCGAAGAUUACAAAGACAACGAGUUCACCACCUCCGACACCAACAUCGGCAUCCGGUACACAAACGAAGACAUUGUCGGCGACACGGUGCUCUUAUUGCGCUACAACUGCCCCGAUUCGUCGUGCGACUUUGCCGGCUUGGGCUGGCCCGACCUCCAUCGCCAUGUCAAGUCUACGCAUAAGAAGCGUAUGUGUGACCUGUGCACGAGGAACAAGCGCGUCUUUACACACGAACACGAAUUGUUUACGGAAAAGGAGCUUGAUAAGCACAUGAAGCGCGGCGACGACAAGCCCGGCGCUGCCGACCAGACUGGUUUCAAGGGCCAUCCGCUGUGCGCCUUUUGCGGUGAGCGAUUCUACGACGACGACAAGCUCUACGAGCAUUGCCGCAUGAAGCAUGAGCGCUGCUUCUUGUGUGAUCGCCGAGAUUCGCGCCAGCCUCACUAUUAUCAGGACUACAACGCCUUGGAGAGGCACUUUAAGAAGGACCACCAUCUCUGCGCAGACAGUGAAUGUAUGGAGAAGAAGUUUGUUGUGUUUGAGUCAGAAAUGGAUCUGCAGGCACAUCAGAUCUCUGAACACGGCGGCAAGUCGAUCGGCAGAGAUGCUAGAACAGUAGAUAUGUCCGGCUUCGAUCUCCGUCAAUCGUACCAGCAAGAACGACGCCAUGGAGGUGGUGGUGACGGUGCAGGAAGAGGAGGACGGACUGGCCGUGGACGUGGCCGCGGUAGAGAUCCGAAUGAAGAGACGGUUCCUGCGCCGUACAACCAGCCACUACGACGCGACGAGAUUGCUUUCCAGCGACAAAUGGCGAUUCACUCAGCGCAGUCUGUAUCUACACGCACGUUUGGCGGCUCAUUAACAGCGCCUGCUCAGAACCCAACACCAGCUGCCGCCGCUGCAGCUGCUGCAGCCUCUUCUCAACCGACAUCACGAAAUGCCAGCGGUACCAACACACCUCGCCAUCCUCCUGGCUCUACUCCUGCUACUGCUCCCAGCAACGCUUCUGCAGUGGCUGCGUCCAUCGAAAACCUCACCAUUGCAGACACGGCCAACAUGGCUCCCGAAGAACGCGCUCGUCUUGUGCGCCACAACUCAGUCAUUGAGCGCGCUUCUAACCUGCUCGCCAACGACCGCAACAAGGUGGCCAAGUUCCGCGAGCACAUCUCGUCAUACCGCCAAGGCAGCUUCACUGCCACCCAGCUCGUCGACGCCUUCUUCACCCUGUUUGCUGAUGUAUCGUCGAAUGCCUUGGGCACGUUGACGCGCGAGGUUGCUGAUCUCUUCGAGAACAAGGCCAAGGGCGAUGCUCUGCGCAAGGCGUGGCAGGACUGGCGGGCCAUCAACGAAGACUACCCGAGCCUUCCUGGACUGAGCGGUAUGCAAGGCAGCUCUUCGGGCUCUGGCGGCUGGGCUGGUGCGGCUGCUUCUAACCCGCUCGGCGGUAUCCCAGGAGCUAAGACCUCCAACCGUGUGCUCAAGCUCAAGAACAGCACUCGCUUGGGCGGCCCGGCCGUGGCUACUCCCACCAUCUCGACAACUUGGUCGUCAUCGCCAGCUGUGCGUCCACCACCUGCGUCGUCGUUCCCGUCCUUGUCGGCUGCUGCUGCUACACCAACCAACAAGACAAGCACCAAGAUCACCACAGCGGCCAGUAAGCCAUCGUGGACUGCUGCAUCUUCGACUGCGACGGCAGCCCGUGCCAUUGAGUCCACACGGUCCAAGUCUGCAUUCCCUGCUCUGCCUGCGGCACCAAAGCCUCAGACCACAAUCUUUGGCUACGGCAGUGGUCGUGCAGUGAGACGAGACUAUGGCCACGCACAGUCGAACUUCCAAUGGGGCUCGUCCAACAAUAACACGGACACUGAGGGCGAUGGUAAUGCCGAUGAAGAAGGAGAAGGUAAAGGCAAAAAGGGCAAGAAGGGUAAAAAGGUUCUUGUGCAGUGGGGUUAAAGAGCGACAUUUGCAUUCAUUUUGCAUGCAUGGUAAGCGGGGAUGAUUUUAGCAUGGCGAAAGCAUAGUGGGCAGAUGUUGUUUUUGUUUGAUCUACAGGGAAUCAAACAGCCCUGUGAAGGCUAGAAUACAAUUUUUUAUAUACAUAUUAACACAUAUACAUUCUAUAUACAUUACAUAUUACAUUGCAUCAUGACCGUAAUUGUACAUAUAUCACAUCCCAUCACUGAGUAUCUACGCCAGAUUGUCCUCGUAGCCCAUGAAAAAGUCCUCGAGCAGCCCAAAGUCCAUAAACAGCGACUCGCUCAGCUCCAUCUCGGCAUCUGUGCUCGCCGUAGGCUGCUGAGUCUGCUCGUUUUGCUGGUGCUGCUCUCUCAAAUCAUCGGCCUCACGAUCUGCAUCGCCAAAGAGCCGUGCGAGCCCCUGCGCAAAGUUCCAGCUGUACGAGAGCUCCAGUAAUGUGGCCAGCAGCGCUUUCAGAGUCCGCGAGGCGCUGCUAGCCAUGAGCGGGUUUGGGUGGCGGAUGUCGCGCUUGAGCUGAAGCAUCGUCGUCCAUACUGCAUGUACUCCGAAGAAGUUGAGCAGCUGCAAGGCCUUGGUGGCAUCCAGUGAUUGCAGCAUCGCCGCAGUCUGGGUUGUUGCCUCAGCAGCAACGAUAGGGUUGGCUGUGGUGGUUUCGUUGCGAGGGGGGAAAGUGUCUGGAGACGAUGGUGGCUCGCGGUGUAGCAGGAUCACGAGCGUGCUGUAGUUGAGAUGCAAGAUCGCCCGCCACGGGGCACUGCUGUUGGGUCCUGAUGAGGCAGAUGGGAAUAGUGAGGGAGGGCCCAAGGAGGGAGGUAGAUGGCUUGCAAAGUCGGCGAGCUGUUGAUCAACAGACCGGCCAGAGUGGUUGAGGGUUGGAGUUGGGCGGAGGGCCCAGCGAUGGCGCAUGACUUGGGAGAUGAGGAUGCAGAGGCGCGAGUGGGCAAUGAUGAAGUCGGCCUGGGCAUUGGGGAUGCCUUCGAGGUCGCUUAGUGUGAUUUCAGGCACAUCGCAGUCGUCGAGGUUGCUGUGAAGAUAUCUGUGUUAGCAAAGAACAAAGCGAAAUACAUUGAGACGUGGAGAAGAGAAGAACGUACAUGGCCUGCGGCCGGCCAUAUGCCAGCGCCAUGAGGGCAUCAAACUGAAAGAGCAUCCACCACGUACGAAUCCAGCUGCGCCGCUGCAACGGCGGGUGCUUUGCAUGCGUAGGAUCACGAUGCAUACCGAUGCCAAUGGCCGUACGGGCAGCAAAGCCAAUCCAGUACCACGAGUUGGCAAUCACUUCUUCAAGCCCAUCAGCAUACCAAGUCAACAGCAGCGCCGACUGCACAUAUAUGAGUCUGUCCUGCUCAGAACGGGCAUCCAUCAGCGACUUGGCCCGGCGAAAGAAGAUGGCCUGGUGAUGCUUGAGCUCGGGCUUCUCGCGGACAAGCACAUGUGCGCCGACAAGCAGCACUGCGUUGAGCAGCGGCAGCGACACGGGGUCUCGGGCAUCGUUACCGGAAACUUGUAUACGAAAAUGUUCCUCGUCGAUAAUCGGCCAGCCGCAGUUAAUAUGCGUAAAGUAUGCGUCGAGAAGCUCCUGUUCAAGAGCAGGCGGCGGACGGGCAAACGAGUCCGCUGGUAGACUAUCGAGACGAUAGGACGUGUGUCGCGGAUGAUACUGUCUGUUGCUAAAGUGGUGGAUGCGAGCAUCGCGAUCAAGAAGCUGGCUGCUCUGCCGGACGAGAUACUGAAAGUUGGACGGCUCGUUGCCAAUGUAGCAGACUCUACUCUUGUGGUCGAGAUUGGCGGUGCGUAUUGUUUCUUUGCCGAGAAAGUCGGCAAUAUUGCCGCUCUCGUGAGCCGAGUCGUCGUGUGAUUCGGUGUAUAUGGGAUGAAUAUAAGAGGGUUUCUCUUUGUCGAUGACUCGCUUGGGCCGCAGCAGAGGAAGAGCUGGUAGUGUGUUUGUUGGCGAUGCCGACGCAGCAGAGAGCGUCUUGCGUUUGACGUGUACUUUGCAAUCGGCAAUCUUUUUCAUACGACAGUUGGAACAUGGUGAGCUACCAGUCGCCGAGAUGUCACAGCGCACUUUACGGCGAUGACAGUGAUUGCACGCCUGCUUGGCUAUCCGCAUUUUCUUCCGUUAGCAUCGAUACAAUACAGUAAACUCGGUGGUCUGAC